UUUAAUUAUUAUUUUUGUUAAUAUUAUGUCCUUUCCUUUCCUCUUGUUCACUUCCAGAGUUCCAGGGUAUCGUUGCUAAUGCUUUUACGUUUUCCCGAGUAUUUUCUUGGAUGUUGGUUUUGGAAAAUGUAGGUUUUAACUUGAGGUUUUACCUUACUUUAGAGGUCAAAAAAAUAUGGAAAAAGUUGUAGGCAUCAAAAAUAUCAUAAAUGCCACGUCAUCAUUUUUUGUCUCGGAAAAGUCAAAGGUUGACUUAUAUUCAUUAAAAUGACAAAUAGACCGGUUAAUUUGAGUUUUACAUAAAACAGGCCCAAUUUAAUCAAAUGACGUUUAUUUAAUGAAUUUGGAUUAUUUAAAUGGAUUUAAGUAAAGAGGCCCAUUUAUUUUAUCAAAGGGAAAACCCUAAACCCAGGGAAGUGAUAUAAAAAGCUCUCUCCAAGUCAUUUUCCCCACACACUGACGUAGUACACAAAAUAUACUACUCUCCAGAAAACCUAAAGACAUCUCCCAAGCACACAAGUCGACACCAAAUCCCGGUGGAAGAAGAACAAGAAGCGUAAGUGCCGUUCUACCUCCAUACGACACCCUUGAAAGAGAUCAAGCCCGACGGCCCUCACUCAAGACGUCCUAUCAAACAAGCUUUGGUUUGUGAGGACUAGACCGACUCUUCAAAAUCUGAUACUUUGGUGGGUGGUGUUGGGGAUGACCCAGCGCUACUCUCUACAUCGCUUUCCAAAUAAAACGGAUUGAACAACGGACUGGUGUGGAUGACCAACUUGUCAGGUUUUUGGUGAGGACGUUUAUCCUCUUCACCGGGCAUGAAAAGCUGUCCACCUUCAGUAGGAAAUGACCCGAACACAGGGAUGUCGCGGGACUUGUAGUAAUACGGACUUAGGGACACGUCAGAGGAGGCACGGACAUGUAUUUUCUUCCUUGUCUUGGUGGUAAUAGGCGCAGAUCGUAAUCUUGAAGCGGCCACGUUCAAAUCAGCAUUCUACAUUCCUCUAGUACGUAUACCAUCAUCACGUCCUUUCAUCAUCUCGGCGAGUUCCGCCGCCCUUUGUUUCACCAUGACAGACUUCUCAGCAUCGGACAGGGAAACAAUUUGUUUAAUUAGCGGCCAUCUUUGUUAGUAAACUGAUUUUCUUGUGGAGAAGGAGAUGAAUGGUAGAGAUGUCCCACCGAGCGUGCCAAAUUUGUUAACACAAAUUUAAAGUUUGUAAAAUAGAUGAACCCAAAAUAUGUGAACAAAAUAGUUUUAUUAAUUUAUGAAAUUUCUGGUACAAUCUCUAAAGUUAAUCCACUUAUUCGAUCUCCACGGCCGACUAAGCUUGUUUGAUAGGACGUCUUGAGUGAGGGCCGUCGGGCUUGAUUUCUUUCAAGGGUGUCAUAUGGAGGUAGAACGACACUUGCGCUUGUUGUUCUUUUUCCACCGGGAUGUGGUGUUGACUUGUGUGCUUGGGAGCAGUCUUUAGGUUUUAUGGAGAGUAGUAUAUUUUGUGUACUACGUCAGUGUAUGGGGCAAAUGACUUGGAGAGAGCUUUUUAUAUCAUUUCCCUGGGUUUAGGGUUUUCCCCUUGAUAAAAUAAAUGGGCCUCUUUACUUAAAUCCAUUUAAAUAACCCAAAUUCAUUAAAUAAACGUCAUUUGAUUAAAUUGGGCCUGUUUUAUGUAAAACCCAAAUUAACUAGUCUAUUUGUCAUUUUAAAGAAUAUAAGUCAACCUUUGACUUUUCCGAGACAAAAAAUGAUGACGUGGCAUUUAUGAUAUUUUUGAUGCCUACAAAUUGUCCCUCGGGAUCGGUCACGUACACGAAGCUUUGAGUGUUUGCUCGUGGCUCGAUCUCGAAAUCUUGUUUGCAUUUUUUGGAGAUUGUACACUUUGGUUCUCUCGGAGUAGGAGAACUGAAAAUCUUGUUCAAUCCAUUGUAGAUGCUCGCCAAAAUAGGGAUCCCCAAGGAAGUCUCUUUAGCACCUGCAAGAAAUGACGCGGGUUUAAAAGGGCUAUGAUGGAUGCAACCCAAAUCUGACACCGGCAAAGCAAAAGCACGAAGUCAACACGAAAGAAAAUCGGCCAAAUAUGUUUGUCUGCAAUGCGCUUCAGGAAUCCCUAAACUACGAUAUGCUUCUUAAGUUUUAUUACUCCAUGGCCGAGGAUCCCUAAAAGAACGGAAGUCUUUCGUAGGCAAUGGAAGAACAGACUUUUUGUUACCAGAGGCCAAGAAGUAUUUUGAUGGAUCACGAAACCAAACCCGACAUCAGGUCUCGAACGUUAUAGUUCUCACUUUGUGUUUCUCGGUCAAGUGUUGUAGCGCCGUGAACAAAUGUGAACAAAUAUUUGCAACCGUAAGGGAGGUAUAAACCUCCCUCAUCGUCAGAACCUUCCAAUUCAAUGGCAGAAGGGACGACCUCGUCAUAGAAAAGGCCAUUUAUACGAAGUCCACCAACGUCAUAUAUGUUCCAAAGACUAAUGGACAUUUCUCCAGCUGAAGUAUGCAGUGUGUUUGUCGUAGGGGCACCAUGAAUCGCACAGAGCCUGCAUUAUGGGCGAAUUACACUUGUAGAUUGUUACGAAAUUAGGAAUUAGAAUUAGGCUAGAAUUCUAAUCCUAAUACCUAAGCUUAGCAUAUAUUCUUAGUUUAGAAUAUAUUCUUAAUUUAAGGCAUUAGUGUUUAAGUCAUCUUCUAAUUCUAGGCAUAAUUUACGUAGACUAGAAUUAGGGACAUAUUUGUAGUAUAUAUAUUAUGUUUCAUCAAUAAUAUUUCUCAGGCUUUUAUCCUCAAAUAAAAAUAUUUUACAUGGUAUCAAGAGCAAGGUUCUCAUAAACCCGUUUUUUUUUUCCAAUGGCUGGCGAUGAAGCAACACCGCCUCCCCCAUCUAAGAGAAUUGAAACAGAUUCCCCGUUUUAUCUAGGCAAUCAAGAUCGUCCGAGUGAUUUUAUCACCCCAACUAAACUUCGUAACAAUAAUUAUAAUGAAUGGACUAGUGAUAUUCAAACCGCAUAGGAAGCACGGUGAAAAUCUGAAUUCCUAGACGACACCAUCACUGCUCUAACUCCACCGUCCACAAUCCGAUGGAAUACAAUCAACGCCAUGCUCGUUUCUUGGAUUACAAACACUAUUGAUUCCGAGGUAAAAUCUCAAUUAACUUAGUAUGGCUCUUAAUACCUCUUCGCUUCCUUCCCAUGAAGUAGAAGAUGGUCGUCUCGUUGUCGUCCUGGUAAGGUUGCGUACGUCCGACCCCCCCUUACCCCGCUUCUUGUGGGAGCCUCUUUGAGGCAAUGGGGUAAUGAUAAUGAUGAUAAUGAAUGAGAGAUCCCAAGCGCUUAUGGGACCAUCUUAAACAUCGUUUUUCUAUUGUGAAUGGCCCUAGAAUUCAACAAUUUAAGUCUUCAAUAGCCCGUUGUGAACAAACAAAAUCUAUGACUGUGUAUCAAUAUUAUGGUAAAAUGAAUUGGGGAGGAUUCAAGUAAUCUUGAACCUAUUAUUACUUGUACAUGUUGACAUGUUCAAAUUGUUCUGGUGCAGAUCAACAUGUUAAACGGACGUGAAAAUACUAAGUUACAUGAACCUUUGAUGGGGUUAUAUAACCCCGUAUUAUGCUCAACAACGUACUAAUAUUCUGUCUCAAGAUCCCUUGCCUUCCCUUGAUCGAGCAUAUCAAUUGGUUACCCAAGACGAGCGUGUCCGGCAAGCUACACCCGCAAUGGAAGACAACCCAUCUGAGGUGGCCGAUUUUUCUGUCCGUGCACCUGCUCGCACAGAUGUAACGAAGUACCUAAGUACCUGUAUGCACACACUGCCGGAAAUCGGACCAUGAUAUUACAACCUGUUGGACUUUACAUCCUUGUAUCCAUUGCCACAAAAACACCCAUGCAAGUGAAAAUUGUUAUGAUAUUGUGGGCCAACCAGAAAACGGGACUGGACAGUCCAAAUUUAAUGGCCCAUCUCGUAGGGGAGGCUACUCAAGCAAGUUAGCACGUGGGAGGGGCAGAGCUUCUGGGUCUUCUGGCAGUCGUGGCCCAAUAAAGGCCAACACAGUACACGUUUCCACACAACCCAAUUCCAAUACACAAGUCUAACAAAACUCCACGGAUUAGGCCCAGAAUCAUUUUACUCCUGAUCAAUGGAAGGCCAUAGCAGGCCUAUUUGGCAGCACACCUGUUCCGGACCAUCGCCUUAACGGUACAUUUAAUACCAAAAUUUGGAUAAUUGAUACCGGAGCAACGCAUCAUGUCACAUGUGACCAAAAUUUAUUAUUUGAUAUCACGAAUAUUUAUGAUUCCCCUAUCUCACAUCCCAACGGCAAAACGGAGAAUGCAACUCAAGGAGGUUCGGUUAGAUUAUCGAAAAAUGUUGUUUUAAAAGAUGUUCUAUUUGUGCCUCAAUUUAGUUGCAACUUACUUUCAGUUUCUCAAUUAAAUGAUGAUUUACAGGGAAUUGUCAAAUUUAACUCCUCGAUGUGUGCUAUCCAGGACCGAACGGGGGGGCUGAUUGGAACGGGAGUUAGACGAGAUGGACUUUACUACUUCGGCGAAGCUGACUCGGGGCAACAUGUUUUGGUAAAUGGAGCAACAUCGACAUUGGAGUUAUGGCACAAACGGAUGGGGCACCCCUCAGAAAAAGAACAAUGAAAAAAUUGUACAGAAGCUAAGUAUCCCUUCCACGGGUUCAAAGGAUCACUUUCGUAGCUGCUUUUCAUUAUCUGGUUGGGAACAGUAUAAAUCUUGCCUUUGGAAACAACAGCUAUCUUACUGGAGAAGCCCUUCAUAUAAUUUAACACGCCUCAUGUUUGCCUUUAUGUCAUCUCUUAUUUUUGGAUUGCUGUUCUGGCAGCAAGGGAAGAACAUAAAUGAUGAGCAAAGUAUGUUCACGAUUUUUGGUUCAAUGUUUUCUGCUGUGAUGUUCUUGGGGAUAAACAUCUGUUCUCCUGUUAUUCCUUUCAUUGCUACAGAAAAAACUGUUAUUUAUCGGGAAAGAUUCGCAGGAAUGUACUCUUCAUGGGCUUAUUCUUUUGCGCAGGUCACCGUCGAGCUUCCUUAUCUUCUUACUGUAGCGUUUAUCUUCACAGUCAUUACAUAUCCGAUGAUUGGGUAUUACUUAUCAGCUUACAAAGUCUUCUGGUACUUCUAUGCCAUGUCCUGUACUUUGAUGUAUUUCAAUUACAUGGGUAUGAUGCUCGUAUCAUUGACACCAAAUACCCAAGUGGCUGCAAUUACAGCAUCAGCUACCUACACAUUGAUGAAUUUGUUUUCUGGGUUUCUGAUCCCACAACCGCGUAUUCCCAAGUGGUGGCUGUGGUUAUUUUAUUUAUGUCCAACUUCUUGGACUCUACAUGGUCUGUUGUCUUCCCAGUAUGGUGAUAUACAUGAAGAAAUCACAGCAUUUGGCAAAACUAAUACAGUUGCUUCUUUCAUAGAAGACUACUCCGGGUGUCAUCACGAUCGCCUUGGCCUUGUUGCUGCUAUGCUAAUCAUCUUUCCUCUGACUUUUGCGUCUCUAUUUGCAUAUUUUAUCGGGAAACUUAACUUUCAGAGAAGGUGAAAGGUGUGUAUUUCAUGGAAUUAUCAUUUUUAAUAAGGUGUUCUGUAUUCAGAUUGUCAGCAGUUCAGGCUAGGAAGUAGGGAGGGGUGACUGCAUAACUUGUAUAUUUCUUCACUUUUCAGACUGAGCAAAGUUAGUUCCCGGCCUAUUGUGUUUACCAGUAUAUGCAAUUAUGCACACUUCUUCAGGUACUGCAUGAAGCAGAAAAAGUGAGAGGGGACCAAAGGCCUUUCAUGGUUUUAUUUGUAGCAGACCACAUAUAAUGUAUUUACUAUCAUUGUUUAGCUUCAUCUUCUAUGUUGUUGCAAGGGUUGUUACCUUCAUUGUAAUUACUUGAUUAAGUUAUUGCGAAUCGGUGAAUCCAAUGAUAAAUGUAUGGACAUGAUUGAUAUGGGUGUAAUUUUUGCAA